AUGAGAUUCCAGUGCAAUGCCAUCCUUGUACUCUUGCUGCUUGGCUUAUGCAAGUCUCCAGUGUUGGGAGAAGUUAAUGUCAUGUUGAACGAUCUGGGAGGAAGUAAGGCCUUUAACAUCAGUUGCCGGCCGACCUCGGUUGCCGUGGACGCCUUGGUGGCAUUGAAUUCGACUGGAAGCUCAAUCACAAUGUCUUUUGCGCUACAUGCUAGUGUGAUGUGCAGUGGGAUUGCUCAAAUUGGCACCAUUUUGAUGCAUUUAAAUGUCAAUGGGACGAUGAUGGAUGAUAAAAUUGUUUAUGCAAACAGGGUCAACAACUCAUCAGCCGAGAUGCCCAAAUAUCCAACCUUAUCUUCUACUAUCUGUCUCUUUUGUCUUCAAGAAACAAAGAAAAGAAAUAUCAGUUCCUGCCUGUACUUGCUUGGACUUUCCAUGGCCGCUGCAGCUACUUCUUCCUCCUCACUCUUCUACACUAACCACACCAACCUCUCCUUCUCUCACUCUCUCUUCCCACUACUCCCCACUCGCUUCCCUUCAAAACCCCAGUCUCUUAAACCCCUGACUCUCGCACCCCACGUUCUUACUUCCGCUCUCUCCUCUCUUCCCCAUUUUCGAUCCACUUUCGCUACCGCAGCAGCUGCCUUUGAAAACUCUGAAGAAACCCAAUCCGAUAACAAUGUCACGAGUGCAGAAGAAGAAGAAGACCCAGCAACAGAAACACCAGGCUAUGAAGAGGAACACGGAGGAGGAGAAAUUGAAAAAAAUGCAUCAGAUUCAGAUGGAGUUGGCAGGCUUUAUGUGGGAAACUUGCCUUACUCCAUGACUUCUUCGCAAUUGGUUGAGGUUUUCGGGGAGGCGGGUCGUGUGGUCUCUGCGGAGGUUGUAUAUGAUAGAGUAACAGAUAGAAGCAGGGGAUUUGCAUUUGUUACCAUGGGUAGCGUUGGAGAAGCUAAAGAAGCCAUUAGGAUGUUUAAUGGAUCUCAAGUUGGAGGCCGCACCGUGAAAGUUAACUUUCCUGAAGUGCCCAAGGGAGGUGAAAGGGAUGUGAUGGGACCGAGGAUACGAAAAAGCAACAGGGACUUUGUAGAUAGUCCUCACAAGAUCUAUGCAGGAAAUCUUGGUUGGAGCCUCACUUCUGAGGGCCUUAGAGAUGCUUUUGCAAACCAGCCUGGCGUAUUGAGCGCCAGAGUCAUCUACCAGAAAGAUUCAGGAAGAUCUCGAGGGUAUGGAUUUGUCUCUUUUGAAUCUGCCGAGCAUGUAGAAUCAGCCCUAAAUGCCAUGAACGGAGUGGAGGUGGAAGGGCGACCGCUACGAUUAAAUCUGGCUACAGGAAGACCUCCUUUUAGUCCUCCAGCAUCAGAAGAAAAAAUAGAAAACGAUAUUGACAGCAGUCAAUUGUUCUCUACCAUGAGCAAUUGAAGCAAGAUAACUGCAGGAUAGCUGUUUACAUAUACUUUUGGGUGGAGUAGGAACUAGGAAGAGAAUGGCACAGAGUUUUCUAGUUCCCUUCGACUAUUCUACACUCUACGGAAUAUAUCAUGCAGAUCAGCUGGCGGAUAUAUGGCUAACUGACAAGGUUUCUCUGCUAGUAUAUGGUAAUGCACUGUAUAAGACUUGAAAUAUGUAAGCUGAGUAAAUUCCCCUGGUUAUGUAAAGCAUAACAUUGCAGAACUUGUAUAGCAAUGCUGCAUUUUUCUCUGUUAUCCAGACAUGGAACUUUACACGGAUGAAGUAUUGCAGGUUAAACUAAUCUUAUGAAAUUGUAAUUAUGGACAUUUUGUACAUUGA